AUGACACGGAAACUAGCAGACCGUGGAGAGAUUGCUGAAGAUCUCCUGAUCAUCUAUGAGGCAGAGGCUGAACAGUGGGCAUCGUACCUGCACUUCCAUCUGGUAGGCCCCAUUCCUGAGGCUGGCAUCUGUUGUUAUGAUAUUGCUUUGGUGACCAGUCGCCGGGAUGACUUCCUGCGACUUGGUGGAUACAAAUGUAAGCUGCUUAUCCUGUCGCGUGGCAUGCUGGAGGGGCUAUGCCAGCUCCGGCGGUUCUUUCUGGCUCGUGUAUUGCGACCAGAGACCAGUGUGGUGAUUCUCUUGUGUGGAGUAGAAAGCUUGGAUCCUCUGCUAGAGCUGGUUCCACUGAAGGGAGAUCAGUGUCUCCAAAUCUCCAGCGAGCAGGAGCCCCAGGACUAUCAACUGGCUGUGGCAGAGAUUGUACACAAAGGUGGACAGACAGCAGCAGUGGAUGGAAUAUCAGUCCAGGAGCUGAAAAUACAGAAGAAACUGUCUAGUGGUGCUCUUGUUGCAAAUCAGUCUUUACUAGUUCUACCCAGCCGUGUACCAUGUGAGAAUCCAAUGGAGAUUUUCAUUCUUCUGCAGGAGGCCAUAGCCAGCAAAGAUGCAGAGGUGGAGUUCAGUGGGAAUAAGCAGCGAGUGAGAGUGAAGCCUGUGAAUUGGAAUGAGAGCACACUGAAAGUGACUGCACCUGAUUUUACUGCUGGACAUGUGAUUGUAACACUUUACAGUAAAGGCCUUGUGAAAGGCAAUGCCUGCUUACAAUACUACACCAUCAUGGAAGAUAUUGCCCACUUCCUUCAGCAGGCUGCAGAUCCUGUGAAGUUUAUGUGCCAGGCUUUUCAGGUGUCUUCCUUGGAGAAGCUGGAUCAAACUCUGGCUUCCGGUUUAAUGCGGAAAAUGCCGACAGGAGGUUUCCAGGGCCUGCAGUGUGAUCAGUCUCCUGCUGGAGAGUGUCAUUCAGAGGACAUUCCUACUCUCCUACAUUUUGCGGCCCAGCAUGGAUUGCGAGACCUGGCCAGUGCUUUGCUGCAGUGUCCUGGAUCCCGGCAGGCCCUUAAGAUCCCCAACAGCCAUGGACACACACCACUGGAUCUUGCACACGUACAUGGACACAACCAGCUCUAUAUACUCCUGCAAGAGUCAUUGAUACUUGAUGACAAUGAUGGCAACAUUGACACCGGUGUAUAUGAGUUGAUGGGAAGAGCAGAUAAUCUUUGGUUGGUUGAUCCUAAUGAGGAACACCAAAACAAUGAAGGUGAAAAUGUCUAUACUCCCCUGGGUAGAGAUGGGGAAGAGUAUGACACCAUCCUCACAUCCAGCAGCUCUGUAGUAAUAGUGAACCGCCCCCCUGCACCGACCCCUCGGCCUGACUCCCUUCCUACCCCAGAGGACAAAACUCCCUUCAUCGCACAAGGGGACGACAGCAGAAUGAAAGAGGAUUCCCAAGAAUGCAGGAUUGCUGCAUAA